ACACACAAACGCACAGGAAUUCUCUUCCGUAUCAAUCACUCAUACAUUCAGGUUUUUGAGCUCUAAACUGGGGAUACGUUGUUAAAACUUGGGUUGGUCUACGUGCCAAUUCUGUCUCUUUAGCUGCUGCAUGACUAGGUAAUGAAGGGGUUUUGUGAGAAGGAUGGUGAUUUGAAAUGCUCUUCUAAAACUAUUGUUGAUACCACAAGUAGAUCAACGGAAUCUUCCAGUUCAGAACCAGAAGCAAGAGACAGUAAGUUCUGCAAGAGUUCCUUGUGGUCAGGUCUCUUUGCAUCUGCUUUCUCAGUGUUUGAAACAUAUAGUGAGUCAUCAGCUGGUGAAAAGAAGUUGGUUCAUUCUAAAACUAAUGGGUGGACUGCAGCUGUAAAGAGAGUUGUAGCUGUUGGUUCAAUGAGGAAACUUCAUGAAUGUGUUUGGGGGCCAGGCAAAACUGGCAUUUCUAGCUCAACUAGUGACAUAUGGCUUUUAGGUGUGUGCUAUAAAAUUUUGUCAGAUGAGUCCUAUGGAGACGCAGAUGCUGGCACAGGGUUACAUGCAUUUAAACAAGAUUUUUCAUCAAGAUUAUUGAUGACAUAUCGUAAAGGUUUUGAUGCUAUUGGAGAUACAAAAUUUACCAGUGAUGUUGGCUGGGGUUGCAUGCUCCGUAGCAGCCAGAUGCUUGUUGCUCAGGCCUUGCUUUUUCAUCAAUUAGGGAGAUCUUGGCAAAAACCUUUACAGAAGCCAUAUGACCAACAAUAUAUUAAGAUCUUGCACCAGUUUGGUGAUUCUAAGUCAAUGGCCUUUUCCAUUCACAAUCUUCUUCAAGCAGGAGAGGCAUAUGGCCUUGCUGCUGGUUCAUGGGUUGGCCCAUAUGCUAUGUGUCGAUCAUGGGAGGCUCUUUCUCGCUGUAGGAGGGAAGGGGCAGACCUUGAUCAGCAGUCACUUCCAAUGGCUGUUUAUGUUGUUUCUGGUGACGAAGAUGGGGAACGAGGUGGAGCUCCAGUUCUUUGCAUUGAAGAUGCUUCUAAACUUUGUUUUGAGUUUUCAAGAGGUCAAUUUGAUUGGACGCCUAUACUUCUUUUGGUUCCUCUUGUUCUCGGACUUGAUAAAGUAAAUCCCAGGUAUAUCCCAUCACUGCAAGCAACAUUCACCUUUCCUCAGAGCCUUGGCAUUUUGGGUGGCAAACCUGGUGCCUCAACUUACAUUGUUGGUGUGCAAGAUGAGAAUGCGUUCUAUCUUGAUCCUCAUGAUGUUCAAUCGGUGGUGAAUCUCAGCAGGGAUAAUCUAGAGGCUGAUACGUCAUCUUACCAUUGCGACACUAUAAGGUACAUUCCUCUGGGUUCAAUCGACCCAUCACUGGCAAUUGGAUUUUACUGCCGAGACAAAGAUGAUUUUGACAAUUUUUGUCUACGGGCGUCCAAGCUAGCCAGUGAAUCAAACGGUGCUCCCUUGUUCACUGUUAGUCAAACCCAUAAAUCGUCAAAGCAAGUUAGCCAUAGUGAUGGUUUGGCAGACACUGGUGGGGUUCAGGAGGACGAUUCCUUUGACGUGAUGCCGGAUGGGGAUGACUGGCAACUACUUUAACUCCUUUGACCGGGAACACCUUCUGUUACAUUGUCUUGUACACUUGAAAAACUUCACGAAGCCCUGAUCAGGCCAAACCUAGUAGGAAGUAUCACACACUUUCACGAUUCUUUUUCCUUUGAAAUUGUUGCAAUCUGUUCAUAUAAUUCUCUUGAUGCUGAUGUUGUAUCAUUAACGCCAUUAUUCUUCCAUUUCACAC